GACAGAACAGCAGUUGAUGAUGGUUGGUUGUGCGUGUGUUGGCUGCGUGUCUUCGUCCACUUGACAAAAAUUCGACCUUGCACUGAAAAAUCGAGACCAUCCGUGGUGAGAGGUGAAGCGAGUUGCCAUGGCAACGAGCGAGGUGGCAAUGUCGUCGGCUCGCACCAGCGGUGCUGGUGCGGCAGCCGGUGACGCGUCCACCGUCAAGUCCGAAGGUGCGAAAGGGAACGGCGAUGCCACACCUUCCCAACCGCCGUCGACCAAGUCACCGGAGCGGCCGACGUCGCCGGAGCAGAGCUGCGCCAUCUGCCUCGGCCCGCCCGAGAACAAGUCGUUCACAGACAGCUGCUUCCACACGUUCUGCUUUUCGUGCCUCCUGGAGUGGUCAAAGGUGAAGGCCGAGUGUCCGCUGUGCAAGCAGCGCUUCAAGAGCAUCGUCCACAAUGUGCGCUCCUUCGAAGACUACGACCAGUACUUCGUGCACGACCCCUCCCAGGUGUCCGCAACGACUACUGCUGCAGCAGCGGCGGCGGCAAUGGCCGCGGCAUCCUCGCGGAGCUCGGCGUUGAGCAGCGCUCUGCUCCUGGCCCACCACUUCGUCUACUCGCCGAUGCUGCUGACAUGGCACUCGCCAAGAAGGACCAGGCCACGGCCCCGCCAGCGCUCGGUUUUACAAAUCCCGUCGAGGAUCACCCGGAACGGCGGCGUACGGACCAGGUCGGGCCGUUCGGCACCCCGCAGUGCUCCUGCCACCGUCACCCACGCGGGUCCUCUGCCCACGUCGAGCACCGAACGUCGGAGCCUGUACGAGCUGGACCUGUGGGUGUGCCCGCCCAACAACCGCCGCUCGGCGCGGCACUUCACACCAGCGUUCUUCCGCGAGAACCCAGCGUGCACGCACCGCCUCAUCCCGUGGCUCAACCGCGAACUCGUGGCCCUCAUAGGCGGCGGCGAGGCGCAGAUCACGUUCACCACCGAGCUCGUGCUGGCACUCAUCACCCGCUACGAGGUGUGCUGCCUCGAGUUUGCCGAGCACGUGCGGCCCUUCUUCGGCACCCGGACGGCGCACUUCCUGCACGAGCUGGCCGCGUUCGUCGCGUCCCCGCUUGACAUGGUCGCCUACGAUCGAGUGGCCGUGUACGACACGCGGGCAAACGUCGUCGCGCGCGGCACACCCGCUGCCCAGUUCCUCCAAGCGCCGGACUCGUCGUCCGAGGACGCCGCCCCUUCCGUCAAUGCGCUGGCGCCCGUGACGCUUUCGGCGCGCCGGGACCUGAGCCUUCCGGGUCCCAGCGGCCUGCACCACAACGCGACGGUCAACUUGGUGGAGACGGAAUCGGACUCGGACUGCAUGAUAGUGAGCACGGUCAGGCCCGCCGCACCGGUGCGCCCAAGGACGCCAAUCUUCAUCGAGUUGUCUUCGUCGGACGAAGGAGACGGUCGCAUUGCAGCGCCACCCGCGGUUGCGCCACCGGCAGCGACGACACCCUCGCAGCAGCCCGCUGCCCGGAGAUGCAAACCCAUGCCUCGGAAGAAGCGUCUGCUCCAGUUGUGGUCCAGCAACUCGGACACGUCGACUGCGAGCGACACCGACUCUGACGGUGCGGGGGUCGACCGGGCCGCGCAGCGUCUACAGCGGAGGAUGGCCAUGAUGCGUCGGAAGCGGGCGAGGGCGCCGGCAGCCCAAGCCUCAGCGGCGCCGCCGGCUAAAGCGGUGAGCGGCGGCUCCUCUUUACCUCCCCAACCUGCUGCUGCUGUCGUCCAAGACCAGCCGAGCACGUCUUCGUCGGGGCAUCAUUCGUGGGAGAGUGCGAUGCGAAGGAAACGGACGAAAAAGGCCGUGCCGACGACGUGGGCCGACAGUUCAACGGACGAAGCAAACUAAGCCUCUUUCGUGGUUGGCUACGAGGACAACGAGGUGGUGUUUGAAAAGUGUGAUAAUGUGCGGAUGAUUCGUGUCGCUUUGAGCUGAGCGCGUGAAUGGUCCUUUUAUCUUGCGGGUCUCUCUCUGUUUUUUUUUUUUUAUUGUCCACAGCAUACUUCAGUAUGCCUUUGCUGCAGCUUGGUUGCAUGCGAAACAGUGCUCUUAAAAGCGAUACCGAAGAAGUCUCGGGUACAACCUCACUAAGGCAGCUUUUGGCGUCCAGCGUUCUAAAUUUUGCCGACGGUUUGCAAAUUGGAACAGACCGUGCGAUGUUUCUGUGCAUUUCCGCUUGGCAUCCAUCUGUUGUUCUGCAUGUUCAGGUUCCAAGCGGUGCCUUGAAGGCCUUGCAGGCUGCAACAUUCCUGAGAACUGUUGCGCAUUGGACGCAGUGAGCUUAUUUUUUAGUUUCUAGGAGAUUCAGAAUCGCGAGCGGGGUCAAGGGCAGGUGCUCGAGUGUUUGUUCUUGGCACUUUGCGGCAAUGCGCACAAGAUGCUGUGAUUGUCUACAACCAUAAGACAAAGAAACUGUGUGCGGUUGCACAGGGAAGGGCAUGUUUGUAUGCUACUGCCAGUGUUACUUCAGUAUGUAUGGCAGUACUAAUUAGAGAGCAAAAACCUUCUGUUUUGUUUUGGUUAAAUUAUCCCUUAUUUUCUUAUUGUUCUUUUACGACCCCCCUUCCCUCUCCUUAUCGCAGUGAGAACAUAAGGUCAGCAAGGAUUUUACAGUAAGGUUGCUGUUAUGCGGUUUUUGUUCAAUACCUGGGCAUGUGAGCAUCUAACUAUUCUUCACCGAUGUUCACACGAUCUAGCAUGUCUUGAGUUCGAAAAUUUCUGCAGCAGGUACAGAAGUUUCUGAUAUGGAACGCCCAGCAGCUCUUAGACUUAUGGAACUCCCAGCAGCUCUUGGACGGCCUUUUGCGAAGUACUACCUUUAUGGAAAUGAGACCCCCAUGUUUGGCAUUUAUUGCUUGCAUCUUGCCGGUUAGUUUCAUAGCAUGCAUUGUGUGCCUGCAAGUUGGUGCAAGAACUGGUUCGGGACUAAAGGUGGUGCAGUCGUUUCUGUAAACAGCGUCGCGGGUUCUUUUUUGGCAAUUGAAGUUGUCUCUGCUUUUGCGGACAGUGAAGUCGUGACCAAUGCAGGUGCAUUAAUGCACCUCUCGAAGCGCAUUGCGUUGCGCUUCAACCGUAUCAACUGACCCCACUAGCAUUCUGUGCCGGAAAGAGACUGCGCAGAAGUGUGCAUGAACCUUGCGUACGAUAUGCGUGAACUUUCGCUGCAAAGUGAGUACCACUGACAGCGAUUUUAUGCUGUGUAAGGUUGUCGCCCCCCCCCUUUUUUUUUCUUCGUACUGCAAUGUACGGAGGUCUUGCAAACUUAACAUAAGGCAGCCAAGGUGUUUUUAUGACAACGGGUGGUUGGUGCAUCGCCUCGGAACGCUAGUUUUUAAUUUCUUGUUAAAAUGAAAACAGUAGUACGAGCAACGAAGCUUUAGAUGUUAGCGAGGCGCGAGUGGUUAGAUUUGUUUGCAUGAUGCGACAGUGUUAAGCCCUUUGCUAUGCAACACCUCUUGACCGCCUGUUGCCAUUUAGAAGAGCUUCGUUUUAAACCCGAGGCCCGGGUCCUUUAUUUUUGAAGCGCACAGCAUUAAAGGCGGGCCUUUCAAGAAACUAGCGUUGGGCAUGUUUCAGUCUGGCGCAGAAUAAAAGUCCCACCGUGUAUUAUAACCAUCACAGUUGGCUUGGUCUUGGUAUUUUGGUCUUUGAAAGCCUGUUCGACAGCACGUUUAUGGCGAGUACUGUCACUCUUUUUUUUUUUUUUUUCUGAUGCUCCAUCGAACAUUGUGAUGAAAUGCAACAUCCUGGUUAAAAACCUAUCAGAACUUCAUUUGUAGCAAAUGCAUCUUUCCAGAUAUGUUGGGAUAUAUUUAUCGAAACUGGCACUAACUGCUGGAUUUUUUCUGAAUGGAAAUUUCAUUACCUAGCUUAAAACUGCAGUUUGACAGUUUGCAUUGAAAUCGCAGUUGGGAUAAAAGCUUGAAAGUGAUUAAUAAAA